AUGGCUCGACGCAGACGCGGCGCCAUACCGCUUCGUUCCGGACUACGCAAGCAAAAAUGGCCCAAACGCCAAUGCGCAGCAUGCCGCCGCGCUUUGUAUUCUGAGGUCAAGCGUCUUCUUCGCAAGAUCAAUGAUUUGGAAACAGACUUAUCCGUCUUGAAAGAAGCCGCCGCUGAAGCCGUCGCUCAGGCUCCCGAACAGCAGCGCAACGAAGGCGACUCUUUUGUUAAUUUGGAAGACUUUGAUGGAGUCAACUUGGAAGACUUUGAUAAUGGAUUUGACUGGGAAAAGUACGGGGUGGAAGGAUCAAUCCAGCAAGAACUGACCCAGAGCUUCAUCGCGGAUGCCGCCAAUCAAGAAAUAUGGAACGAAUCCCUUGCUUCGGGGCCGAUUUUGCCUGGCCACGCUGUAAACCCCUUGGUACCGAUAGCUUUCGGAGAACCACAUUCGUCGCGAUAA